CAUCACCUUCUACACCAGUGCGUGUAAAGGCGGUCGAGAGUGCUUCUAUACACCUUUAUUCGAUAAACUUGUUUUUUAUUCAUUCUCACGAAUCCAUUUUAAAAAAUAAACCAAAAUGAAAUUCCUAGCAGUUUUUUCCUUCGUCGCCCUUGUGGUUUGUGCCGCCAAUGGCCAGCACUGCACAACCACCCCAUCCAAGGUGCCCCAAAGCUGGAUAGACAUGGCCAACUCUUGCGUGCUGGCAGUAAGAGCCCAAAUCCAGGAAGAAAUCAACGCAUCCAUGAAAUACUUAGCCAUGGGUGCCCAUUUCUCACGUGACACCAUCAACAGACCAGGAUUCGCCAACUUGUUCUUCAAAGCUGCUGGUGAAGAGAGAGAACACGCAAUCAAACUCAUUGAUUACCUUCUGAUGAGAGGAGAACUGGUUUCGAAUGUUUCCAAGUUGAUCAGGACAUCGAUAAAUGUGCCAGUCAUUCAUUGGAAGAAUGGCGCGGCUGCUUUGGAAGAUGCUCUGGAAACUGAAGCUUUCGUAACCAAGAAAAUCCGAAGCGUUAUCUCAGCUUGUGAAACCCCAUCUGGCAGCAAAUUCAACGACUAUCAUCUGGUUGACUACUUGACUGGUGAUUUCUUAGAUGAACAAUACAAGGGCCAGAAAGAACUUGCAGAUAAAUUGUCCCAGCUGCAGAAACUCAUGGGCCAACAUGGCCAUCUUGGAGAAUUCUUAUUCGAUAAGAAACUGCUUUAAAGACCAUAAUCAUCACAUUGUAUAAACUCACACAAUGUUUUCUAUAUUUGUUCUUGUGAUAGUUGAAAAUAUAUUUUAAUGAUCAGGUUAUAAGUACGAAAGUUUAUUUGUUUCAGCAAUAAAAAAGUAUGUUCUA